AUGCGGGCGAUCCGCACAGUAUUCAUCCGACUGAAUGUAGAGCGACGUACUAUCAUCUCUAAAAGAAAGAAAACCGCGUCGCUUCGGUCAUAA